CCGCCCUCCUCCGUGGUGCACACAGCCCGAUGGCUCCCGACCCCAGCGGCCGCCUGGGCCUGCCGCUGCCGCUGCUGCUGCUGCUCACCUGCUGCCUCGCUGCCACCCGGGCGGAUCUGCUGGACUGGCUGUGGUCCACGAAUACGGAUCGGCCCACCACCUCCCCCGUCCCCGUGGCCACAAGCAGCCCACCUGUGCAGCCCACAGAGGAUACCACCACACAGGUAGCCCCUCAGGAUGGCCCCACUGAGCAGGGGACAGCGCCUACCAGCCCCGAGCUGCCCCUGGAGAGUCUGGAGGCUGGCCAGGGCGAGGCCUCCACUGCCCGUCCUGCCUCCCCGGCGAGCCCGGACACGAAGGAGGAGAAUCUUGCUGGCGUCGGAGCCAUGAUCCUGAACGUGGCUAUGGGUAUCCGGAACUUUGUCCAGCUCUGGGGUAAUAGCACCCCCGCCGAGAACGCUACCGGAAUGGAGAUGCCAACACUUGCGACCCCCACAGGCCCCCUCACCUUCCCAGUGCCCUCCAGCGCCCCCCAGGAGAACGGGACCACUCCCUGGCUGACCAGUGGGACCCUGAGCUCUCCGGACACCAAGAGGACUGAGGCCGGCAGCCUGCCAGUGCCCACCCAGCCACUACCCUCCCCGGACAGGCCCCGGACACUACUCGGGGAGCCCUCGGUGCCACCGAAGUCCCCAGAGGGAGUGGUCACAGAGGUGGGGCUCCUCCAGCUGCUCGGGGAGCCCCUGCCCCAGCAGGUCACCCAGAUUGAUGACCCCGACGUGGGACCAGCCUACGUCUUUGGUCCAGAUGCCAACAGCGGCCAGGUGGCCCGGUACCACUUCCCCAGCCCGUUCUUCCGUGACUUCUCGCUGUUCUUCCACGUGCAGCCGGCCACCGAGGCCGCGGGGGUGCUGUUCGCCAUCACGGAUGCAGCCCAGGCAGUGGUCUCCGUGGGCGUGAAGCUGUCGGGCGUGAGUGACGGCCAACAGCACAUCCAGCUCCUGUACACCGAGCCGGGCGCGGCCCGGACACGCACGGCGGCCAGCUUUGCCCUGCCCGCCUUCACCGGCCAGUGGACGCGCUUUGCCCUCAGUGUGGACGAUGACACCGUGACGCUCUUUGUGGACUGCGAGAAGAUCCAGGGGGUGUCCUUGGCGCGGUCCCCACGCGCCCUGGAGCUGGAACCCGGCUCCGGCUUCUUUGUGGCUCAGGCUGGGGAAGCGGACCCCGACAAGUUCCAGGGGAUGAUUGCGGAGCUGAGGGUACGCAGUGACCCCCAGGUGAGCCCCAUGCACUGCCUGGAGGAUGAUGACGACGAUGAUGAUGGGGCGUCAGGGGACUUCGGAAGUGGGCUGGCGGAGAACCCGGAGCUUCUCAAGAAGGAAGAGGGAGCACCCCUAAAGCCCAGCCCUCCUGAGGCUCCCCCGGUCACUUCUCCUCCCUUGGCUGAAGGCAGCCACUCAGAAGAUUCCAGAACAGAAGAAAUCGAGGAACAAACCACUGUGUCUAUAUUGGGAGCUCAGACCCUUCCUGGCUCAAGUACAGUCAUCACCUGGGACAGCAGCCACGUCCUGGAAGAGGGUCUCGCUGGCCCCGUGGUGCAGAGCCCCCAUGCACGGGCUGUCCCUGGGCCUCAGGGGCCCCCUGGACCCGCGGGGCCACCAGGGAAGGAUGGCGCCCCUGGAAGGGACGGUGAGCCAGGCGACCCUGGGGAAGACGGAAGACCUGGCGACAUAGGCCCGCAGGGCUUCCCGGGAACCCCAGGAGACGUGGGCCCCAAGGGUGAGAAGGGGGAUCCUGGGGUUGGGCCAAGAGGACCCCCAGGACCCCAAGGGCCGCCGGGGCCACCAGGACCCUCCUUCCGACACGACAAGCUGACCUUCAUCGACAUGGAGGGGUCCGGGUUCAGCGGUGACCCGGAGAGCCUUCGGGGCCCGAGAGGUUUCCCUGGCCCCCCCGGCCCCCCCGGCGUCCCAGGCCUUCCCGGAGAGCCAGGCCGAUUCGGGGUGAACAGCUCCGUCAUCCCAGGACCCGCAGGCCUUCCCGGUGUGCCUGGGCGGGAUGGACACCCUGGGAUCCCCGGCCCCCCAGGACCUCCAGGAACCCCAGGAAAAGACGGGCGGCCAGGAGAGGCCGGCCAGAAAGGCAGCCUUGGCAAAGUGGGCACCCCAGGACCUAAGGGAAACAAGGGAGACCCCGGCCCCAUGGGUGCUCCUGGAGAGAACGGCUUGGCAGGAGCCCCCGGACCAGCAGGACCGCCAGGCCCCCCCGGGCCCCCCGGGCCUCCAGGACCAGGACUUCCCGCGGGGUUUGAUGACAUGGAAGGCUCCGGGGGACCCUUCUGGUUGACAGCCCGAGGCACUGAUGGGCUGCAGGGACCACCCGGCAAGCCUGGGGUCAAGGGGGAUCCUGGAAUAGCUGGCCCACCAGGGACCAAGGGAGAAGUCGGUGCAGACGGACCCCCCGGGUUUCCUGGCCUUCCCGGCAAAGAGGGCGUAGCUGGAGCCCAGGGACCAAAAGGAGAAAAAGGGACCCAGGGAGAGAAAGGUGACCCAGGGAAGGACGGAGUGGGGCAGCCAGGGCCCCCCGGGCCCCCCGGACUCCCGGGGCCCAUCGUCUACGUGUCGGAGGAGCAGGACAGAGCGGUGUCCGUAACCCAUGGCGUCAAGGGCCAGCCAGGGUACGCAGGCCUCCCCGGACCAGCUGGGCCGAAGGGAGACACGGGCGUCAGUGGCCAGCCAGGCCCCCCGGGACCCAAGGGUGAGAAGGGUGAGCCCGGCAUGGUCUUCAGUCCCGACGGCAGAGUGCUGCCCCCUGCCCAGAAAGGAGCCAAGGGGGAGCCCGGCUUCCGAGGACCUCCGGGUCCAUACGGACGGCCUGGGCACAAAGGAGAGAUUGGCUUCCCCGGGCGACCGGGCCGUCCUGGGAUGAAUGGAUUCAAAGGAGAGAAAGGGGAGCCAGGAGACGCCAGUGUUGGAUUUGGUGCACGGGGUCCACCUGGCCUCCCAGGGCCUCCAGGGCCACCAGGGCCUCCAGGCCUUCCCGGGAACCCUGUCUACGACAGCAACGCAUUUGUGGAGUCUGGCCCUGUGGGACCUCCUGGUUUGCCAGGGCACCAGGGGCCUUCUGGACCAAAGGGGGACAAAGGAGAAGUGGGCCUGCCUGGGCCACCAGGCCAGUUCCCGUUCGACUUCCUCCAGCUAGAAGCUGAACUGAAGGGGGACAAGGGUGACCGAGGGGACACCGGGCAGAAAGGAGAAAGGGGUGAGCCUGGGGGAGGCGGAUUCUUCGGCUCUGGUGUGCCUGGACCCCCCGGCCCACCAGGCUACCCCGGGAUUCCGGGUCCUAAAGGAGAGAGCAUCAGGGGCCAGCCCGGCCCACCUGGACCUCAGGGACCCCCUGGCAUUGGCUAUGAAGGGCGCCAGGGGCCUCCCGGACCACCUGGCCCUCCAGGGCCCCCAGGGCCCCCGUCCUUUCCUGGCCCCUACAGGCAGACUAUCAGUGUUCCUGGCCCCCCAGGCCCACCUGGGCCCCCAGGACCCCCUGGAACCCUGGGCACCUCCUCAGGGGUGAGGAUCUGGCCCACGUACCAGACCAUGCUGGACAAGGUGCCCGAGGUGCCCGAGGGCUGGCUCAUCUUCGUGGCUGACAGGGAGGAGCUGUAUGUCCGCGUCCGAAAUGGUAUCCGGAAGGUCCUGCUGGAGGCCCGGACGCCACUCCCGCGUGGGACGGACAACGAAGUGGCCGCCUUGCAGCCCCCGCUGGUGCAGCUGCACGAGGGAAACCCGCACCCCCGGUGGGAACUGCCCCCCUCCACCUCACGACCCUGGCGGGCAGAUGACAUCCUGGUCAGGCCCCCACGCCUGCUGGACCCCCAGCCCUACCCUGGAGUCCCACAUCACGGCUCCUACGUGCACUCCCGGCCAGCCCACCCCACGGGUGCUCCCGCCCACACCCACCAUGACUUCCAACCGGUGUUGCACCUGGUCGCACUCAACGGGCCACAGCCUGGCGGCCUGCGUGGCAUCCGUGGCGCCGACCUCCAGUGCUUUCAGCAGGCGCGUGCGGCAGGGCUGGCAGGCACCUUCCGUGCCUUCCUGUCAUCGCGCCUACAGGACCUCUACAGCAUUGUGCGUCGUGCCGACCGUGCGACCGUGCCCAUCGUCAACCUCAGGGACGAGGAGCUGUUUCCCAACUGGGAGGCCUUGUUCUCGGGCUCCCAGGGCCAGCUGAAGCCGGGGGCCCGCAUCUUCUCCUUCGACGGCAGAGACGUGCUGCAGCACCCCGCCUGGCCACAGAAGAGUGUGUGGCACGGCUCAGACCCCAGCGGGCGCCGGCUGACCGAGAGCUACUGUGAGACGUGGCGGACUGAGGCCACAACAGCCACGGGCCAGGCCUCCUCCAUGCUGACGGGCAGGCUGUUGGGACAGAAAGCCGCGAGCUGCCACAACGCCUUCAUCGUCCUCUGCAUUGAGAACAGCUUCAUGACCUCCUCCAAGUAGGGCUUCUGCCAACUCACGUGGUGUAUGGACCGACGGACGGCCAGAGAGGAGGCCAGGCGGCAGGGCGAGCGGAGAGACCCCCAGUGCCGGGCCGGGAGCGGCAGCCAGCCCUCCAGACAGGGGACCUGGCUGGGACACUUGCCUGUGUGGCUCACAUUUCAUGUAAUCCUCCAGAAAUAAAAGAAAGCCAAAGAGUG